AAAUUAGGGCACGCGUUGAUUUUUCUGAAGUUUGUAAUAUUACUUGCUAAUAAGAGAAGAAGAAGUUGAAUGAUGGCGCUUCGUUUUGAGGUUCUUGGCAGGUUCAACCGUGCACGUGCAGCCCAACUGACACUCCCUCACUUUGUUUGUGAGACGCCACUAUUUAUGCCUGUGGGAACACAAGGGACAAUAAAAGGUUUGACAACCAACCAGCUUGAGGACAUUGGCUGCCAAAUUAUACUUGGAAAUACAUAUCAUCUGGCACUACGCCCAACUUCUGAGCUAAUAGAUGAAUUAGGAGGGCUUCACAAAUUUAUGAACUGGCCUAGGGCACUUCUCACUGAUUCUGGUGGUUUUCAGAUGGUCUCAUUGUUGCAUUUAGCUGAUAUCACUGAAAAAGGUGUCACUUUUCAGUCGCCAGUUGAUGGAAAGCCAAUGCUCCUAACACCUGAAGAAUCAAUCCAGAUCCAAAACAGAAUUGGAGCAGACAUUAUUAUGGCUCUUGAUGAUGUAGUGAAAACCACCAUUACAGGUCCUCGAAUUGAAGAAGCUAUGUAUCGCACUUUGCGUUGGAUAGACAGGUGCAUAGCAGCUCAUAAGAGACCAAAGGAGCAGAAUUUAUUUGGAAUUGUACAAGGUGGUUUAGAUCCCGUCUUAAGGGAUAUAUGUGUCCAAGGUUUGGUGGAAAGGAAUUUGCCUGGCUAUGCUAUUGGUGGUCUUGCGGGCGGUGAAGAUAAAGAUUCAUUUUGGCGUGUUGUUGCACAAUGCACAGCUGCACUUCCUGACAGCAAACCCCGAUAUGUUAUGGGUGUUGGCUAUCCACUUGAUAUUGUAGUUUGCAGUGCUUUGGGUGCUGACAUGUAUGACUGUGUCUAUCCUACUCGUACAGCUCGAUUUGGCACUGCUCUUGUGCCUGAGGGGGUCCUAAAACUUAAACACCAGUCGAUGGCUGAUGAUACCCGACCGAUUGACCCAACAUGCGAGUGUAUGGUCUGCAAAAACUACACAAGGGCAUACCUUCAUUGCCUUGUUACAAAAGAUGCCAUGGGUUCUCAACUUUUGUCUUAUCAUAAUUUAUACUACAUGAUGCAGCUUAGCAGAAAUCUUCAUUCGUCAAUUAUAGAAGGAAGAUUCCCGAAAUUUGUAUGCGACUUCUUGAGGAAAAUGUUUCCUAAUGGCGAUGUUCCUGAAUGGGUAUACAAUGCAAUGGAGGUUGCCGGUAUAGACAUCUCCUCGUGCUCAACUCCACUCGAUUCAAAGAAUAACAUACAUACGUGAAGCGGAUAAAUUAGGAAUGGUGCAUAGGGACACGUUGACCGUUUAACUAAAAGUCAAAGGAUAAUUCGUUGGAUUAACAAAAGGUGGAAUGAACUUCAUACUUAUAGGAAAAGUCGAUGCCUUUUUCUUUGGAGGCAUGUGGUCAUUCUUAUUGGGAAACCUUGAGACGAUAGGUUCAUAAUAUUAUUACGUAUAAGUAUGUAGCAUAAAUUUUGUAACUUAAUAUGCUGCU